AUGAGGUCGCGGAAUCUAGAGGCUGCGAUACGUUAGCUAGAUAGUCGCUGUAAUUGCUUGCUCGUUCACUCCAGUGCCACUUUAAACUGCGGCGUUUAAUUCCGUUCAGUGAAUAUCACGACUGUUGCAAAGGAUUCUAGUACAAAGAGUCUGCUGUGUGAUAUUCAGCAUGGAGUUAGCAAAAGUUCUUGUUCUGGUGAUUAUCAUCUGCAUCAGCCGUGUGGUCGUUGGUGACGAAAUGUGCCCCAGGAUGGUGGAGCCUGUGGUGCUGGUGCACGGCGGCGCCGGCGACAUCCCGGACAGCCAGGACCAACCCAAGCUGGAGGGCGUGAGGCGGGCCGCCAAGGCGGGCUACGCCGUGCUGGAGCAGGGCGGCAGUCUUCUGGACGCCGUACAGGCCGCCGUCGAGGUCAUGGAGGACGACGAGGCCUUCAACGCAGGACAUGGCUCUGUUCUUAAUGCUGACGGAGAGGUUGAAAUGGAUGCCAUCGUUAUGGAAGGAACAGGACUUAAUGCAGGAGCUGUUGGUGCCAUCAAGAAUGUAUCUCACCCAGUGUAUGUAGCCAGACUGGUGAUGGAAAACACAUCGCAUGUUUUACUCGUUGGUGAUGGUGCAAAACGUUUUGCUAAUGAUAUGGGAGUUCCAGAUGUACCUAUGGAAUCUCUGAUAACGCAGAAAGCAAAAGAUGCUUUGGAGAAAUUUAAGAAGAGCAAAAGUAAUGAUCCAACUCGAACAGAACUGGGAGGUGUUGGCACUGUAGGAGCAGUAGCUGUGGAUUCUGAGGGUCAUGUAGUGUGUGCAACCUCCACUGGUGGAACGAGUGGCAAAAUGGUUGGACGCGUUGGCGACACUCCCAUACCAGGUUCAGGAGGAUACAGUGAUGAUCAGAUUGGCACUGUAUCCACUACAGGUGUUGGUGAAUCUAUUAUGAAAGUUAAUCUGGCCCAUCUUGUUUUGAAUAUUAUGAAACAAGGUAAAACAGCUCAAGAAGCAACAAUCGAAGCAGUUAAUGAAAUGACAAAUAGGGUUGGUAAAACAGCAGGUGCUAUAACUCUUUCUAAUGCAGGAGAUAUUGGGAUUGGGUUCAAUUCAAAGAAAAUGGCCUGGGCAUACCAGAAAGGCAAUGAAGUACAUUAUGGUAUCCGAGAUGGUGAUGACUUUAUAGAGCAGAUAAAUUAAAUUUUAAUUUUACCUUCAAGAGUCACCAGCUUAAUAUUCACUUGAGCAACAUCAGCAUUAUGUUAAAGUUUAUUUUCCUCACUACAUAAUUGUAUAUUAUGGACACAAUAAAAAAAUCAGCAACUGCAGUCACACAUAUGUAGUUGCAUUAUGUAUGGCACAUCGAAACAUGUAACAGCACAGACAUGUUACUUCCUAUUGAGCUACAGCACUUUUCUUAGCAUAUGUAUACAUUUUAUCAAAUACAGCUCUACAGACACUCAGUCACAUUGACUUGUGGCCACACCGCGACUGACUGUUUCUGCUUGUAACCUAAUUCUCAAUUAAUAAAGGAUCAUAAUAAGUAAAUCUGAUUUAUGUAAUACUGUUUACUGUUAUUAUCAGUGUGUAUCAUCUCCCCUUAUAUUAUUGUUUACCUAGAUUAUAUUGAAAUUAUGGUAUUACUUGUUAACUACAUUAAUGAUAAACUAAUUGUACUACCACAUACUGUACUUGUGGCAGGCCAUGUUUAUGAAAAAUGUGCUAAAAUUAUUUACUUACCUUGGAAAAAGUAAAUACUAGUACUUGUUCAGAUUUUAUUUGGUAGUGUGCAUUCCUAUGCACCUACACAUUUAUUAGCUACCGAUUGCUUUUCCUCAGUUUUGUUAGUAUAUCCAUUGUCUUGUAAAUUCUGUUAUUGUGCAUUUAUUUAAUUUAAAACAAGCUUUUAUUCUUUGUUAUUAUUGUAUGUCACAGAGAUUAUGAAAACUCAUAUUACAAAUUGCAUAGAAGUUGAGCAGAAUCUUAUAAAAAUAAUUUUUGUCAUUAAUUCUUUUGUUUUUCAUUAUAAUACAGUUAUCUGAAGCUAAUCACCAAUAGGUGACAAAACAAAGGCACUAUUCUGAACCAUAGUAAAUUGUCAUCAUCCAUUUUCUAAAUUUCUACCAUUCACAUCAGUACAAAAAAUAAUAAUUCCAUGAAUUUCUUAUUGUUUGUAGAUAUUUAUGUCAGAAAUGAAGAAUGCAGGUGCAGAAAAUGACACAAUAGAAUGAAUGUUGAGGAUUUUUUAAAUAAUACCUAAAUUAAACAUUAUCUUGUCUUCUGAAGAGUAAUGUGUUAUAAUCAGAGCAAAAAAUGAUGCAAUUACAAUGAUCCUGUAUCAGUUCCAUCUCUGUUCACAAACCGUUUGUUACCUGAGACAGUGUAGCGCCAAUAAAAGCAUGUUUGCUUCUAG